AUGGCAGGGUGUGCUUAUGACGGCAGGGCCACAGUGUCGGUGAAGGUGGUGGUCUACCACUCCCAGGAGUCCACCGGCACCGCCUACAACGUCACGGUCAACAUCUACCUGCCCGAUUACGUCACCAUGAAGAGCAAGAUGUACACCCAGCCCAGGGAGAACACCAUCACAGUCCUGCAGUCUGGCACCGUCAUCACGGCUGAGAUCGCACGUCUAACCUUCAGUGACCCGUUUUCUUUGGAUGCGACCUUGACCCUUGACCUCUCUGACCCCAACGUGUUAGAAGCCACCUACCGCACGAUCUCGGCUGAGACCAUCUACAACGACCGUUGGGGCAACAUAACGGAUUUGAUGAGCACACCAGUGUAUCUCUCGCUCAACGCCAAUGACAUCUGCGCUAAGAGGCUGACGUGGACCACAGCCACAACGUGUAACUGCACGCACAAGCCGGGGACCUUCACGUGCGGAUGUUGUGUAGCUGGUGCUUGUCAGUGCGGCGCACCACGACCUCAAGCUUGCGCACCGUGCAAUGAAAUGUGGCGCUGUAUCGCCUACAAGCGAGAGUUUGAAUACGUGUCCAGUCUGACGUCACUCAACAUCCUGUGUGACGCUUUUCAGAUGAGACGCGGCAGUGCCACUGGUGUAUCUUGUCAAAGAACCAUCGCCACUAACCCAAACAAAUAUCUAGAAAUCAGCCCGCGAGUCAGCGUGAUAACCGGAAGCGACCCCUCCACCGGCUAUCUGUACGGCGUGGCCAACAACGGACUCGCCUACGUCUUUAGUGACGACCAGGGCGCCACCUGGACGUCUUUAGCAGACGACGACUACGCGGCGGUGACGUCAGGAAACUUCACCUGGGCGGAAUUCUCUAAGGGAUUUUAAAACCGGGAAUGUCCUAAAAUGUGCUAGAAUCUCUGUGUUUGUGGAAAUCAUAUUGGCAGACAUACUGUAGAAAUUAUUGGGAAUAGCAGUUUUAAAAUGAGACUACACUACUGUACGAGUAAGGGAGAUAAGUCAGGACUCAAGAGUUUGACAAAAUUUCCUGGAUUUUGCUCUCCUGUGCAACUAAAAUAUGUAAACAACACACGAUGGUCUUUAGCUUAAAUUAUUAUUUCAGUGCAGUCCCCAACUUAUCAGUACACAAAUCUAUCUACA